UUUGUAAAUUUCACACGUGUCUUUUGAUUAUAUCAAAAUGCUGGGAUUUAUAAUUGCGUUAUCCUGUGCCUUCACAAUAUUUGUCUUAACAUCUAUUGUUGUGAUGUAUAGACGUCGCCAAAAGGAAGCUGCAAAUGUUGGUUACGUUAUUAACCCAAGCCCAGCACCCCCUCAAUCCUAUCAGCCAAACCAUCAAAUUUUUAACCCAGCACAAGCCUACAAUGGACAGCAACAGCCACAUACAUGGCAGCCGCCAAUUCAUGCAGCACCCGUAGCUAAUGCUGAGCCGAGUGUUUUGCCAGACACUCUAAGGCAGCAAACCACUGCACAAACUCAUGUAGGCGCCGUAGAAACCAUUAGCCAAGCUUAAGCAUUAUUCAAUUAUUUUAAGCAAUUAUUUAUUUAGUUUUCAUACCAAUAAAUUUAAAAAAUAAGUUUAAUUCAAA